UUGAUCCAUAAAUACAGAGAAAGUUUUGAGCAAGAUCAUAAUUAUUUCUGGAGUUGCGCUAUUUUAAAUUGUCACUUUACUGGAUAAGAUGGCCGCAUCUUGUUGAGGAAUUAUUUGUUUCUAAGACAGAAUCCAUUCCGUCUGCAGAACUGUGGACACAUACCUCACGGUCAUUGUGGGAAAACAACGUGUUAUAUUACGCGCCAAGAUGGAAAUGCAGCUUCCGCCUCACGUGGGAGACACGCUCUCAGUGGUUGACAUGCACGCGGGUGGGGAGCCUUUACGGAUCAUCCGCGGCGGUUACCCAGAGGUCAAAGGUGACAGUGUGCUGUCCAAACGGCGUUACGUCCGGGAACAUCUGGAUCACCUCAGGAGGGUGCUGAUGUACGAGCCGCGGGGCCACUACGACAUGUACGGGGCCCUGAUCGUGGACAGCGAGAUACCCGAGGCGGAUCUGGGGGUGUUGUUCAUGCACAACGAGGGGUACAGCACCAUGUGUGGACACGCCGUCGUCGCGCUGAGCCGCUUCGCCGUGGACUACAAACUGGUGAAAGAACCACAGUCGCCAGAGACUCAGGUGAACAUACACUGUCCCUGUGGUCUGGUGAAGGCCUUUGUCGAGUACUCUGGUGGUAAAACCGGAGGAGUGAGGUUUCUCAGCGUGCCGGCGUUUGCGUUUGCAACAGAUGUGACGGUGACGGUGGAACAGUUUGGUGAUGUGACGGUUGAUGUCAGCUAUGGAGGAGCUUUCUACGCCUUUGUGGACGCCCAGAGGUUCGGCCUCGAUGUCACCGAGUCCAGGACUCAAGAUCUGGUAGACGCAGCCACAGCGGUGUCCAACGCUGUCAAGUCUCAAGUGAAGUUACACCACCCAACCAGCGAUGAUCUGGCCUUCCUCUAUGGCACCAUCCUCACUGACGGCAAAGAUCAUUACUCCUCUGAUCCCACCGCCAAUAUGUGUGUGUUCGCUGAAGCUCAGGUGGACCGGAGCCCCACUGGUUCUGGUGUUACAGCCCGAGUGGCUCUUCAGUAUCACAAAGGUCUCAUCCAGCUGAACCAGACUAGGACGUUUCAGAGUGGAGCCACUGGAUCCCAGUUCACGGGGAAAGCUGUUGAGGAGACAAAGUGUGGCGACUUCAAGGCUGUCGUGGUGGAAGUUGCCGGCAGAGCUUUUUACACCGGAGUCUCGUGCUUCGUGCAGGAGCCGGACGACGAGCUGACGCACGGGUUUCUACUGAAGAAGCUGAAACACUUCACCCUCGCUGUUAGCUUUCCUACCGAGGUGACACACGAGGUCAAUAAGCCACGUAGAAACAGCUGCAUCCGAGAGGAAAAGGAUGCGUGCUUUCUGUUUCUAAGUGACGGCGGUGCGGUCCAGGUCUGCUCAGACGUACCAGUUCCUUGGCCUCGCCGAGGGAGUCCUCCACAUCGGAGAAGCUGAAGCUGGCCACGGUGAUGAACUGACU